AUGGCGACGAUACGGCCAAUGCGCCCAGAUGACUUACUGCGCAUAUCCGCGACCAACCUCGACCACCUUACCGAGACAUACAACAUCGGUUUUUACCUCGAGUACCUGACCAAAUGGCCCGAGCUAUGCCAAAUUAUCGAAGGCAUAGACGGUGAGAUUGAAGGCUACAUCCUAGGCAAGCUCGAAUCCUCGCCGUACCAACCGCCCAUCAGCCCCUACACGCCCUCGACCACGGGCGUCGAAUACCCCAACUACCUCCCAUGGCAUGGCCACAUCACCGCCUUGACAGUUGCACCCAGCGCCCGCCGCCUCGGCCACGCAACCGCUCUCUCGUCUGCGUUGGAGCGCUCCUCGGACGCGGCCAACGCGUGGUUCGUCGACUUGUUUGUGCGCUCGACAAACGAGAUUGCCAAAGAGCUGUAUCGCAAGAUGGGGUAUAGCGUCUACCGCGUUGUUAAGGAAUACUACAAUGAUGGCGAGGAUGCGCUGGAUAUGCGCAAGAGCUGUAGUAGGGACGCCAAGGGCGAGUGUGUGCGGACGGAUGGCGAGAAGUGGGAGGUUAGCGCUGAAGAGGUGUGGUGAGGUUUUGGAGUCAUCAUCUUCUUUUUUUAUCGACUGGAAGAAUGGAACUAUACGAUUAUGAUACCCGGGUGCUGGUGAUGAGGUGACCAAAUGCAUGCUCUUGAUAGGAUACUUGGUUUGCUCUUGUGGGGCGAGAUUACUUACUGUCAGGACUCGAUACCAGGAUAAUAUGCG